GAAGCGCGGGGACUAUUCGAGGUCACCUUCCGCAACCGACCAAUCAUGUUGCACAACGGCAUGUUUACUGUGACGGAGGAACGCGCCUCAAAAUAGAACGGAGAGCCAAUGAAACACGCUAUGAGCUCCGAUCUGCUCAACACUUUCAACUUGAUGGAGCAGUAUGCCUCGGCGGCAUACUGCAAGAACAACUUCAACUCCCCCGGCGACCAGAUAACUUGCAAGUCUGGAACCUGUCCACUCGUUCAAUCAGCCAAUGCGACGUCCGUCAUUGAGUAUGCUAGCACCCUCAGCACAGACGUAACAGGCUACGUCGGCCUCGACAACACCAACCGCCUCAUCAUCGUCGCCUUCCGCGGCAGCGCCUCAAUCGACAACUGGAUUACGAACCUCAACUUCAAAGCCGUCUCCACCGGCCUGUGCUCCGGCUGCACCGCGCACGCCGGCUUCUGGCAGUCCUGGCUAGACGCCCGCGACGGCGUACUAGCAAGCGUGAAGAAGACCCUCCAAGCAAACUCAGGCUACAAGCUCGUAGCCACAGGCCACUCGCUCGGCGGCGCUAUCGCUUCCCUCGCAGCCGCCGACAUGCGUAACAAGGGCUACGACGUCGCGCUGUACACAUUCGGCGCCCCGCGCAUCGCGGGCUCCAAGCUCAGCACCUACAUCACCAACCAAGCCGGCGGCAACUACCGCGUCACGCACUGGAACGAUCCCGUGCCUCGUGUUCCGCCGAUCGCAAUGUCGUUUGUCCAUAUCAGCCCGGAGUACUAUAUCAACAGGGGCAAUGGGCAGGCGGUCGGUGUGGGCGAUAUUAAGAUUUAUCAGGGGAGCGUGAAUAUGCUUGUGGGGAAUGGGGCGUGGAUUGCGACGGAUAUUUUGAGUCAUCUGUGGUAUUUUAAUGGUGUUUCGAAUUGCUCGUUGAUGAAGAAGAGGGGUGUGGAGGAGAAGGAGAGAGAGGUGGAGGUCGUGGCUAAGUUCUGAUGUACGCUUGGACGCUUGGAUGUUGAGGAUAGUGCUUUGAGGUAUAAUUGAGUACUGAGCGACUGACGGAAGCUAAACGCGUAGCUCAAAUAAUGAUGCUGG